AUGUCCCUCCCAACCCUCCUCAGGCAACCGCCCACUCUCCGCCCCGCGCUGGCCAGGACACUGGCCUCGCACGCAUACAACCCGCCCAGGCCCGCGUUCACCCCGGGCCCACCUGGUCCUCCUCCCGCCGCAAAGGCCGGUCCCUCCACUCCUCGCGCUCCUCCCAACCCAGCCACGACUACUUCGCCCACUCUGCCGCCCGACCACCGUCGGCUGUUGGAAGAGAUCGUUCGGGUCGACCAUGCGGGCGAGCUGGGCGCCAACUGGAUUUACAGGGGCCAGAAGUGGGGCAGCCAGAUGAGGGGUGACAAGCGGACCGCGGAACAGGUUGAGGACAUGUGGGAGAACGAGCGCCACCACCUCAACGUCCUCACCCGCAUGGCCCACCAGCACCGUGUGCGUCCCACGGCGCUCUAUCCCGUCUGGCAGGUCCUCGCGUGGGGCAUGGGCGCGACGACUGCUCUGAUGGGCAAAGAGGCCGCGAUGGCGUGUACCGAGGCGGUGGAGACUGUCAUUGGGGAGCAUUAUGACGACCAACUGCGCGCGCUCAAGCCCGUGCUCGCCGACAACGCUGCGUCCGAGACCCCGCACCCAUCUCUUCCGCUCAUGGCGGAGGUCCUUGAGGAAUUCCGCGAUGACGAGCUGGGCCAUCUCGACAUUGCCGUCGAGGAAGGCGCGCUCAAGGCGCCUGGCCAUUCGUUGCUCUCUGCGGCCAUUGGCGCGGCUUGCAGGAUUGGUAUUAUGGUUGGCAGCAAAGUGUAG